AUGAACGCCGAAGAACUACGCAAUCAAUUGGAGGAGUUACGCCAAGAAAACGCUCGCCUUGCAGCACUACAGGCACAGCAAUAUCCAACAGCUUCAGUGAAUCGCGUUGCCGUCAAGUUCCCACCUUUCUGGUCUUAUGGUUCUCACAGGUUGACUCGCACUCAGCUUGAUACGCGUUACGCCGCCGAAGUAGAGGAUAUUAUUACUAACCCACCGCCUACUGAACGCUACAAACAUCUACGCGCAAAACUUGUUGAACGGUUGUCUAUCUCAGAAGAACAACGUGUGCGGCAACUCAUCAAUGAAGAAGAACUAGGUGACCGUAAGCCAUCACAGUUCUUACGACAUCUCCGUUCCCUUGCCGGCACUACUACAUUACAAGACAAUAUUUUACGUCAACUUUGGCUCCGCCGUCUACCAUCACAUGCACAAGCUAUUUUAACCGCACAAUCAGAGCUUCCUCUGGAUAAGGUAGCCGAGCUGGCUGACAAAAUUGUUGAAGUGCAGCCAGCCCCCUCGCAAUUCGCCCAUGCUGUUGCCACGACGAACAAUAAAAAGGAACUCGAUGUUUUAGCUGCCAUUGAAGCACUCACAAAACAGGUAAGCGAAUUAUGUGCUAAACGCCCGCAACGUUCCCGCUCUAGGUCACGUAACCGUUCAAACGUGGAACUGACUAACGGCAAAGGAUGGUGUUGGUAUCAUAGCACUUAUGGAGAAAAGGCUGCCAAAUGUAAGGCUCCCUGCAAGUAUCAGGAAAACUCCAACGACAGUCAGUAG